CGACGUGUUUUCUUGGCUACACAAUAGCAGACUUCAUUAUCAUUUAGGUAUAGCUGAAUAUUUGUUCACCUUUUGCGGUUGCAAUUCGUGUAAGCUCGCCGACGAAAUAUCAUUUAAUUUUUACUCUCCGAACGACAGAGGAUCAAAACAAUUUACAAAGAUGAAUCGAAUAAGAAAAAUGCUGGCUAGCAAGGAGACUCGUGACUAUUUUAUGAGCACGCAUUUCUGGGGUCCUGCCGCUAACUGGCUAAUUCCAAUUGCAGCUAUUGCCGACAUUAAACGAGAUCCGAAAUUUAUCAGUGGUAAAAUGACUUUUGCUUUAUGUUUGUACUCCAUGUGUUUCAUGAGAUUCGCUCUCAAAGUUCAGCCUCGUAACCUUCUACUUUUUGGCUGCCAUCUAACAAAUGAGUGUGCACAACUCACACAACUUUACAGAUUCUUAGACUACAGCUAUGCAGAGAAGAAAGAAGAGAAAAAAUAAAGUGAUUACUAUAAACCAACUCACCUUCUUAAAAUAAACCCACUACUACUGCCAAGGAGUUUAAGAAACAUACACACUGCACUUCCCAACUCAAAUACUACUGAAGCGUUGAGUCCAUUCAGAGUAAAAAUGUAGAACAUUUUUAUAAAUAUAAUGAAAGUGCUGUAUAUUGAUCUGAAUUGUUUAAGAUUUUUGAGAUGUACAGUGCAUCGACUUAUUAGAUAGUUGUCCCGCUUACUGGGUAAUAGUUAAUUAGGAAACAUAAAGUGUAAAUAAUAAAAAAAUAUAAAAAUCAUGGGAUUUACUACUUUGAAUAUAAUGAAUCAUUAGAUUAAUAGUUAAUUUAUAUUAAUUGGUGCUAUUGUAGAAGGCGUUGAGUUUAUUUAUUAAUUUAUUUAAAAUUUAAAUAAUUAAUAAUA